CGUUUGUGCUGCUGGCAGAAUACUGGUUCAUCUCGCGACCAGACUUGGUAGUGGGGACAAUCAUAACCGUCUUGAUUUGGAAUAUUUCCAUUUUUAUUUCGUUUUUACAAGGAAUUGCUUUAUCUUAUUAUUCGUUUGGUUUAUUAUCAAAAAUCUCAAUGAUGGCCUGCUCCGGUUUCACCUGCUCCAAGCACUCCCUCUGUGCGCUCAAUAUCCUUUAUGUUUUGGUGAGUCUGCUGAUGAUCGGCAUCGCUGCUUGGGGGAAGUGGUUCGGCCUGGUGUCCAGCUUCCAGGUGGUGGGCGGAGUCAUUGGAGUGGGCGUUUUCCUGUUCUUCGUGGCGUUGGUCGGCCUCAUUGGGGCCGUGAAGCACCACCAGGUCCUACUCUUCUUCUAUAUGAUCAUCCUCUUCAUGGUGUUCAUCGUCCAGUUCUCCGUCUCCAGCGCCUGUCUGGCCAUCAACAAGGAUCAGCAGGAACAACUGUUGGAGGUGGGAUGGAACAACUCUCACACCACCCAGAGAGACGUAGAGAAGAGUCUCAACUGCUGUGGCUUCUACCACGUAGACAACAACGGGACCUGUGACGCUGCCUGUUUCCCCAACCACUCCUGUUCACCGUGUGCUGAGCACAUCCAGGCGCAUGCAGGAGAGGUGCUGCGCUUCGCGGGCGGGAUAGGCCUCUUCUUCAGCUUCACUGAGAUCCUGGGGGUGUGGCUAACAUAUCAAUACAGGAACCAGAAAGACCCUCGAGCCAAUCCCAGUGCCUUCCUGUAACUGCUGGCAACUGCUGGCUCUGCGCCCUGCCCCCCUCACCCCACAUCCUGGAAGUGGCUAGCCCUCCUCCUGGAGAGCUACUUGGUGUGCAGGCUUUUUCUCCAGCCCUACUCUAACUAACACUAACACAGCUGAUUCUAAACAAAUGAGUUGCUCAUCGGUGCCAUUUUCAGCUGAAUCGGUUGUGUUAGUUAAAGUGGGGCCGAAGCAAAAGCCUGCAGUAGCUCUCCUGGUGGAGGUGGGUUUGCCGCCUGUUUUAGGGGCUGUGUUUGUAAAUAAGCAAGUGACUUGUGUGUGUUUUCACCAGCUGAGCGAAGCGGCAGGCCUUUGUGUGGUGUUUCAUAAAGGUGUGUGUCUGGAAAAUAACUGGGUUCAUUAGGGCACUAAACAGGAGAAAACUGACUGAGACAGGAGGAACUACGUUUUCCUUUACAUUUUCAGUUGCAAAAUGUUUUCUGUUGUGUGCCCUAAAGAACACGACCCGGCUGUAUAUUAAAAUGCUGCAUGAGUCUAUUACCCUAAUAGGACACCUGAAGCCACUCCCAAUCCCAAUCAUAUCCUGUAUUUAACCUCUCAUAUGUAUAUGGCUCUGCUUCCGAUGCCAAAUCUCUUGGAAUCAACGUUUUCAGAGAAUACAUUUGAUAUUUGACACACCCUUGAUUGACAAGCGUUCAGUAUGCUCAGACCAGUAUUAGAGCAUGUGAACUGUGAUGUUGUGACUACUGAAUGACUCCUGUAUUACAAACAAUGACUGACAUAAUGAAGAACAGUUUGUAUUAUUUUGAGCGCAUGGCGAUUGAAGACAUCAUUGAAUAUUUGUACAUUUGAUUUUAACACUCAAUAACAGGACUGUAGCGCGCUGUUGACAGUUGUGUGCUGUAACUACAUAACUACAGCUAUUUAAGCAGCUUGUUGUUGCCUUUACUUUACGUCAUCAUGCUACACAGUAUUCAACAAAAAAGUAGUUCUUUAUGUAUAUUUCUGUGUAAACAUUCCUAAUGAUUAGAAAUCUGCUAAACCAAAUGCAUUAAUGUAAGAGUCAGUUGCUUAUGCUGUCUGAAUAUCAACACUAUGUAAUUCUGGGGAAGACUGACCUGAAAACACAUAUGAUCCACUUUGUUCUGCUGAUAGUGUUACAAAGCCUGGCAGCCGAUUGUGUGCUGCUGUAUCGUGUCUCUGCUAGGAUGUGCUGCUGCAUCAUGUCUCUGCUAGGAUGUGCUGCUGUAUCGUGUCUCUGCUAGGAUGUGCUGCUGUAUCGUGUCUCUGCUAGUAUGUGCUGCUGCAUCAUGUCUCUGCUAGGAUGUGCUGCUGCAUCAUGUCUCUGCUAGGAUGUGCUGCUGCAUCAUGUCUCUGCUAGGAUGUGCUGCUGUAUCGUGUCUCUGCUAGGAUGUGCUGCUGCAUCAUGUCUCUGCUAGGAUGUGCUGCUGUAUCGUGUCUCUGCUAGGAUGUGCUGCUGCAUCAUGUCUCUGCUAGGAUGUGCUGCUGUAUCGUGUCUCUGCUAGGAUGUGCUGCUGCAUCAUGUCUCUGCUAGAUGUGCUGCUGCAUCAUGUCUCUGCUAGGAUGUGCUGCUGCAUCAUGUCUCUGCUAGGAUGUGCUGCUGUAUCGUGUCUCUGCUAGGAUGUGCUGCUGCAUCAUGUCUCUGCUAGUAUGUGCUGCUGCAUCAUGUCUCUGCUAGGAUGUGCUGCUGCAUCAUGUCUCUGCUAGGAUGUGCUGCUGUAUCGUGUCUCUGCUAGGAUGUGCUGCUGCAUCAUGUCUCUGCUAGGAUGUGCUGCUGUAUCGUGUCUCUGCUAGGAUGUGCUGCUGUAUCGUGUCUCUGCUAGGAUGUGCUGCUGCAUCAUGUCUCUGCUAGGAUGUGCUGCUGCAUCAUGUCUCUGCUAGGAUGUGCUGCUGCAUCAUGUCUCUGCUAGGAUGUGCUGCUGUAUCAUGUCUCUGCUAGGAUGUGCUGCUGUAUCGUGUCUCUGCUAGGAUGUGCUGCUGCAUCAUGUCUCUGCUAGGAUGUGCUGCUGCAUCAUGUCUCUGCUAGGAUGUGCUGCUGCAUCAUGUCUCUGCUAGGAUGUGCUGCUGCAUCAUGUCUCUGCUAGGAUGUGCUGCUGCAUCAUGUCUCUGCUAGGAUGUGCUGCUGUAUCAUGUCUCUGCUAGGAUGUGCUGCUGUAUCAUGUCUCUGCUAGGAUGUGCUGCUGUAUCAUGUCUCUGCUAGGAUGUGCUGCUGUAUCAUGUCUCUGCUAGGAUGUGCUGCUGUAUCAUGUCUCUGCUAGUAUGUGCUGCUGUAUCAUGUCUCUGCUAGGAUGUGCUGCUGCAUCAUGUCUCUGCUAGGAUGUGCUGCUGUAUCAUGUCUCUGCUAGGAUGUGCUGCUGCAUCAUGUCUCUGCUAGGAUGUGCUGCUGUAUCAUGUCUCUGCUAGGAUGUGCUGCUGUAUCAUGUCUCUGCUAGGAUGUGCUGCUGUAUCAUGUCUCUGCUAGGAUGUGCUGCUGUAUCAUGUCUCUGCUAGGAUGUGCUGCUGUAUCGUGUCUCUGCUAGGAUGUGCUGCUGCAUCAUGUCUCUGCUAGGAUGUGCUGCUGCAUCAUGUCUCUGCUAGGAUGUGCUGCUGUAUCAUGUCUCUGCUAGGAUGUGCUGCUGCAUCAUGUCUCUGCUAGGAUGUGCUGCUGCAUCAUGUCUCUGCUAGGAUGUGCUGCUGUAUCAUGUCUCUGCUAGGAUGUGCUGCUGUAUCAUGUCUCUGCUAGGAUGUGCUGCUGCAUCAUGUCUCUGCUAGGAUGUGCUGCUGCAUCAUGUCUCUGCUAGGAUGUGCUGCUGCAUCAUG